UUGAUGUCGUAAUAAGGUGUGCACACAAACAAACUAUCAGGUGGUUGUUUUUGGAGGGCGGUCUAGACUAAAGGAAAGAAGGAAUCAUGUUUUGCUUGACAAAUGAGCAUCAAUAGUUCUGCUUUGCAUGAAAUUGUAAUGGGAUUGACAAGAGGAGAGAGAGAUUUACCUCUGGUCACAGAUGAAGAACACAGAACAGUUCAGAAAGAAGAAGAGUGAAGAAGAAAACAGCAAAUAUACAAAUAAUCAAGGACAUCGUAAAGAUGUGGAUGUCUGGACUUCUCUUUGUACUUUUAGGAAUGGACGUUUACUAUUCUGAAUCACACCCAUCAGAGAAUGUGGCAUUAGGAGGACAGGCUGUACAGUCAUCCACAUAUAUGGGUAGCAGCACAUCUUGGUUAGCAGCAUGUGCCAUUGACUCUAAGCCACAAACCUACACCCAUACUGCAGUAACAACUGAUAACCCGUGGUGGAGAGUGGAUCUUCUGGAUUUUUACUACAUCUCUCGAGUCGUCAUCACUAACAGAGGAAACUGCUGUCCAGAACGACUCGACGGAGCAGAAAUUCAUAUUGGAAACUCUUUGGAAAACAAUGGCAACAAUAAUCCCAGAUGUGCUGUGCUGUAUGGUGUGGCAGCGGGUCAGUCUGUGUCUGUGUCCUGUGACAAUAUGAAGGGACAAUAUGUGAAUGUCAUCAUACCUGGAAGUUCAAAAAUUCUUUCUCUUGCUGAAGUGGAGGUGUACAAGGCAGAUUAUACAGGAAAAACUUUUGUGAUGAUAAAAUUUCUCUCCAGUUUCAAUGUAACUGAUCCAGCAGUCAACGACACAGUUCUUGAUCAGCUAAAUACCACUUUGACUUCUAAAGGACUCUCAAAUUUCACACUGACCUGGACAAAACUCCCGCAGAAAGUUGAACCAGAGAUUAAACUGGAUGAUGAUGAUAAGUAUGUUUACACAACACGACAACAAUAAUAAACCUUUUAUUUU